AUGAACUGGGAUGGCCUCUACGAGGUGCUGAGCGGCGCCAACCGCUACUCCACGUCCAUCGGCCGCGUGUGGCUCUCCGUGCUCUUCAUCUUCCGCAUCAUGGUGCUGGUGGUGGCGGCCGAGAGCGUGUGGGGCGACGAACAGUCCGACUUCGUGUGCAACACGCUGCAGCCGGGCUGCCAGAACGUGUGCUACGACCACUACUUCCCCAUCUCGCAUGUGCGCCUCUGGGCCCUGCAGCUCAUCUUCGUGUCGACGCCGACCCUCCUGGUGGGCAUGCACGUCGCUCACCGCCACCGCAGGGCCAAGCGGCGGCGGGGAAAAAUCUACAACCUGCCGGGCCAGACCGGAGGGCUUCCCCCGGGAGACAGCGUCGAGCACGAGGAAGAGGAGCAGGACGUGGAGCUGCACCGCUCAGAGAUGCCGCCUCCGUCGGGAAGUGCCCCUAGCACCAUCCGCAUGGACGGUGCGCUCCUGUUCACAUACGUGUUCAGCGUGAUCUCGCGGAUUUUCAUCGAGUGCACGUUCCUGUACAUCUUCUACACGCUGCACAGCGGGGUCACCAUGCCACGUCUGCUGAAGUGCGACGCGUCGCCGUGCCCCAACCUGGUGGACUGCUUCGUGUCGCGCCCCACCGAGAAGACCGUCUUCACCAUCUUCAUGCUGGCCGUGUCGGCCGUCUGCCUGCUGCUCAACGUGGCCGAGGUGGCCUACCUGCUAAGCCGCGAGUUCUGUUCGAGGCAAUCGGAAUCGCCUGUAACCAGAAUGAGUGGCGCCUCUUCAUUGACAGCUCAUCCAGGAGCCUCAAAGCCGUGCUGCUCCAUCAUGGUAACAAGUACCCGUCUCUUCCCUUGGCUCACUCGGUGCACCUCAAAGAGGAUUACAACAGCAUCAAGACCUUGCUGGACACUUUGAAGUAUGAUGAAUAUGGCUGGGAGGCCAUCGGAGACUUAAAAAUGGUGGCAUUCCUGAUGGGUCUCCAAGGCGGUUUUACCAAGUUUCCCUGCUAUCUUUGCCAUUGGGACAGCAGGGACACCAAGGCGCACUACCACAGGCGGGACUGGCCACAGCGGACCGAGUUCUCUGUGGGGAGGAACAACGUCAAGUGGGAGCCACUGGUGGAUCCCCGGAAGGUGCUGAUGCCACCACUGCAAAUCAAAUUUGGCCUUACGAAACAAUUGAACAGCGAAGCUCACUAGUCAGGAGAAAGCGGCUUGGAACAACUUUGUCGCAUUGGUUCAUGCCUUCCUGGGCAAUCACAAGGUCGAAAACUACGUGGAGCUGGUUGAGACUCUGGUGAAGAACUACGGCACAAUGGGCUGUAGGAUGUCCCUCAAAGUCCAUAUCCUUGAUGCUCAUCUUGAUAAAUUCAAAGAGAACUUGGGAGCGUACUCGGAGGAGCAAGGCGAGCGCUUCCACAGGGAUAUACUGGACUUUGAACGCAGCUACCAAAGACAGUAUAACGAGAACGUGAUGGGAGACUACAUUUGGGGGCUGAUUCGUGAAAGUGAUUUACAGUAUAAUUGUAAAUCUCGAAAAACUACUCACUUCUAAAUCUUUUGUAGUCAUUUUUGUAUUACUUUAGUAUAAAUACAUGUUAAUUUUGAUGCAUAUGUAUUUUUUCGGACUUUAUGUGAACGAAAAGAGAAAAAUUCGCCCGUUUUCUCAUUGAAAAUAGGUAAAUUUCAAAACAGCACUGUUCUGGUCACAAAAGCAAAGUUUGUGGGGAAUAAUAGCCAUUUUCUGUACUUUUUAGGCAUAAGCAAUUACGAAAUAACACUUACUACCCAGGAACAAAAAUUGUGUUACAUAGUGUAAUCCCUUGAGAUGGAACAUCUUGUUUGCAAGGAUCUCAAGGGUGUCAAUUGACACAUAUACACACAUACGGUGAUGAUGUGUAAAAAAUUGUAAUCUUUACCUUAAACUGCUGGUGGAAAAUACUUCACCACCAUCUUUUGAAAUCCUUUCAACAUUUGCAGACAGAAACGUAUAUGUAUGUGGAAUAGGAUGCUAAAGGUACAGAUACAUACCUUUAUUCAAAGUGAGAAAAAUACAGAUUAUGAUUAUAGUGAAAACAAUAAAAUGUAGAGAUUUGCCUCCAACAAGUGUGCCUCAGAUUUAAUUAAAAAUCAAUAGUACUGCACAGUGAAACUUAAUUGUCUUAUCCGUAACCAUAUUAUCCGAUCUUCCUAUUAUACAGAGCCCCACAUUGUUGCACAAAACACUCCUAUGGUUCGUAUUUAUUCGCCAAACAAAUCAGAAAUGGAUCCUGGGAUGGCAAACCCAUCCCAUGAUCCGUGUUUCUGAUUAAUAUCGCGUAUGAGCCCACGCCAGGUUUCCCCUGUCCACGGGAGUCACAGGCAGAUUGCUGUUCGUUUUAGUGACCGUCUCUGGGCAACGCGCCAAAAGCCCAAAACGCCAAGCGAC